AUGCCCCAGGAAAAGCUAGGGAUGAGCACCUCCCUGAGCUACAAGUCCCUCUCCAAAGAGCAGCAGACCAUGGAUAACCUGGAGAAGCAGCUGAUCUGCCCCAUCUGCCUGGAGAUGUUCACCAAGCCUGUGGUCAUCCUGCCCUGCCAGCACAACCUCUGUCGCAAGUGUGCCAGCGACAUUUUCCAGGCCUCCAACCCCUACCUGCCAACCAGGGGUGGCACCACCAUGGCAUCGGGAGGCCGCUUUCGCUGUCCCUCCUGCAGGCAUGAAGUGGUCCUUGACCGGCACGGCGUCUACGGGCUGCAGAGGAACCUGCUGGUGGAGAACAUCAUUGACAUCUACAAGCAGGAGUCCACAAGACCUGAAAGGAAGUGUGACCAGCUGAUGUGUGAGGAGCACGAAGAUGAGAGGAUCAAUAUCUACUGCCUGAACUGUGAGAUGCCCACCUGCUCCUUGUGCAAGGUCUUUGGUGCCCACAAGGACUGCCAGGUUGCUCCUCUCACAAAUGUUUACCAGCAGCAGAAGUCGGAGCUGAGCGAUGGCAUCGCAGUGCUGGUGGGGAGCAACGACAGAGUGCAAGGGAUUGUCACACAGCUGGAGGAGACCUGCAAGACAGUUGAGGAAUGCUGCAGACGACAGAAAGAGCAGCUGUGUGAAAAAUUUGAUUAUCUCUACUCCGUGCUGGAAGAGAGGAAAAAUGAGAUGACACAAAUCAUCACCAGAACCCAGGAGGAGAAACUGGAACACGUCCGCUCCCUGAUGAAGAAGUAUGGGGAUCACCUGGAGGCUGUCUCCAAGCUGGUUGAGUCAGGAAUCCAGUUCAUGGAAGAGCCAGAAAUGGCUGUGUUCUUGCAGAACUCCAAAACGCUGCUGCAAAAGGUUACUGAAGCCUCCAAAGGAUUUCAGAUGGAGAAGAUAGAGGAUGGGUAUGAAAAUAUGAACCAGUUCACAGUGAACCUCAGCAGAGAAGAGAAGAUAAUCCGAGAAAUUGAUUUUGAUAGAGGGGAGGAGGCAGAAGAGGAAGAAGAGGAGACAGUGGAUAAUGAAGCUUUGGAUGAAGUCUGCACAGAGCCAUCAGGAGAAGAGGAGGAGGAAGAAGUGGAGGAAGCAGAGGCUGAGAGAGCAUCACAGCCACCUCAGCAGGACCCUGAACCUCAGAGUACGGUGGGAGAGCCCCAGGCUGAAGCAGCUCCAGUGCCAGUGCCCACUGCCCCAGCUGGUCAGGAUGAGGCUGGGACACCGAGUGGUUCUCAACGGCCCCCAGAGCCUGACACCCCAGCAGAGCCCCAUGAUCCCCUGUUUUACCCUAGCUGGUACAAAGCUCAGCCUCGGCAGCCCAGCAGCCCCAGCUCCACCCCAGCGAGUGGGCUGGGCACGGUAGGGCCUCCUGCUCCUCUGGACACCAGUGCCAAGAAGGCAGAAUCUGCAGCAGCCAGCGAGGAGAGCGCAGCAGGCAGCGGGAAGGAGAGUAAGGCCACCGCCGCCACCUCCAAGACUGGUUCUGAGCCCUGCCCCCAAGGCCAAGUGGAGGAAAGUCCUGUGAACAACGAGAGAGGUGACGAGCCGGCUCGUCAUGUCUUCUCCUUCUCCUGGUUGAACUCACUGAAUGAAUGAUGACUCACUCUGGCUGCCUUCUGGUGUGCUUCUCCUCAGGGGUUCUGUGAGUGCAGGCAGCCUGGCUGCACUCAGCAAAGGAACUGGCCUGGAAAGGGACAUCUGAGCAGGUUUCGUUCCCAGGAACUCAGCUGACCUCCACAUCCUACCCAGCCCUGUGAGAUGCCAGUCCUGAGAGGGCUGGGAGCAUGGGGCAAAGGGCUGUAUUGUAGUCAGUGUUUGUCAGCAAUUUCUUGUUUCCAAGGGGAAAAAUAGCAUCACUACAGCUGUGGGCUGAGCACUGCUGGUGUUUGUUUCUCACUUUUGGGGCACGUCCCCGUGUAGGUGUAACUGCUUCACCUGUGUUGGUAGUU